AUGGCAGCCGCAGUUAUGCAACCACUUCAAGGGCUUUCUCUCGAUGGCGGUAUCAUGCCCCCUUCCCCCGUCUCUGGAAACACUUCUCGCCACGGCCGAAGCAAACACGGCGGAAGCGUUGCCAAGAAGGGCCGAGGUCGCGGAUACAGCACUGUCGAUGACCGGGAGGCGUUAAUCUCCAAGGCUCUGGUCUGGGUUUUGAAGCGGACCGUCAAGGAGGACGAGGAGCAGGAGGAAGAUGAGCAGAAACUCGUAGCUGACGCGGAUGGAUGGGUCGACUGUGAGGAUGCUCUCAAAAUGCCCAACCUUGAGACCCUCGCAGUUACUUUCUCCGAACUCCAAUCUUUUAUCGCCUCUCCCGCCUCCAAAUCCCGUUUCGUCCUCAAACUCAAGCCCGAAUCUGAAGAAGAGGAGGCAGAUGAGUCCGACUACAUUAUCCGAAUGAUUCCCACCCCAGCCGUAUCUCAAGCCACCCCUUCUACUACAGCCCUUAAACUCACACCUCUUACAACUACUACCGAAGAUCUCCCCGACCUGCUCGUUUAUGAAACUUCCUACGCCAACUAUCCCCUUAUCCUGGCUUCUGGAGGAAUUAAACGUGCGGGAGGGCAACCUCACGUGCAGUUCACAUCCAUCAUGGUGGAUGAAGAUGGCACUGAAGUUCGACCUUCAAGCGAUGCUGAUGUUUCGAUUUACAUUAACCUCCGGUCUGUUAUGGAGGCUGAUAACAAGAUCACGUGGCAGCGGACUGAGAGUGGGAAUGUUGUGACGGCGGGAGAUGUUAAUGGGGCGCUUGAGAAGAAGUACUGGAAGAAGGCUGUGGCUCGACGGCCAGAUAUUGGCGUCUUGUUCGAGGAUGGAGAGAUCAGGAAGGAGGUCCCUGUUGGAUUGAGGGGCAAGGGCGUUAAGGGGAAGAAGGGCAAGGCAAAGGGACUUGUUGGACGAGGAUUGAAGGAGAUGAAGACUAGAAGCGAGGAUGAGUCUCAGUCCGGAAGUGACUAA